GUGUGCUAAUUGUGAAAUUAACAUUUGAAUGACACGAGAGCCACAAGUGGUGAAAGAAUUCAACUUUCUGCUUUCGGAUGCAGUUGGUGAAAGUACUGUUUUGUCUUCCAAGUCUACAUAACUCGCCUGUACUUUGAAUAAAAUGAGCUUCCUCUUUACUUUGAUAGUAACAGCAGUUCUGGUUUCCUGAAGGAAUUACAUAGACUUAACUGUCAUAACAUAGACUUAACUAUCAAGUCUGACUCUUGUGUUAGUUUGAAGCAUCAUAAUAGCAGCUCCCUGGUUUAAGCACAAAACAGGCAAAGGCAUUAAAUAAUUAGCACCAUUCUGUGAUGGUGUGUUUAGAGAUGAGGCUUUUACAAAUGCUGAGUGACUGAACCCUUGGCUGUUGAUUGGCUGAUGAUUGUUUAAAAUUCCACCACGUUCUCAGUCUUUAAAGGUGAGACAUAACUCAGUUGUCUGUACUCCUUUGCUGCCAUCAGAUUGUGUUGUUGUGGCACUGAAGAGCCUGCUCUGAUGUUUUCUUAAUGUAAUGACACUUUAUUCUUCCUGGAGCAAUAGUGACUAACAGCAAAACUGCCUUUCUCAAGUGAUGGUGUGCCCUUUUUAUUUUUUUUUUCGGGAAUGAGGGGCAUCUCCCCAUCUCUUUGCUAUUGAGACAGAUUAAUAGUAUUCUGUUACUUAUUUGCUGAUCACUUUAAUAGUAUUGAUUCUUGUUUGAGUCGAUGGCUCUACUUUCUCCAGCCCCUUUUUUAUCUCCACAAGACUGAGUCUUCUUGUUCCCCAUUGAUAUCGAGUAGAAGUGUACAGCUGUAUUUUUUCGUGUCCUACCAAAUGUUCCUGCUGAUGCAAAGAAUUCCUUUGCUUUUGUUUUUGUUUUUGGUUUUUUUUUCCCUUGGCUAAACUUCUUAGCAAUCUAAUUAUUGCUGCUUUUCCCUUCAAAAGUAGGAAACCCAGCAUUUAUUUUCUUAGAAAAUCUGCAUAUAGUUUUCCUUCUGUUUCACACUUGGAUGUAUGCUGGGCUAAAUCUCCCUGUUUCCUCUGUCAGAGAGGUCUUUAAGCUGAGAGUGAACAAGAGUAGGACAGGUUGAAAACUGGAUUUUGAUUGGGUGUGGAGUCGUGGUCAGUCACACAGCUGCAUUGCUGUAGGAGUAACUCUCCAAGCUCAUAUCAUCAUUCUUUUCAGUUAUCUCUGAUUUCUUUCUUUAAAUGGUGAAAUCUGUUGUGUUCUUUGGUAGAAAAAGAUGAGAAGGCAUAAGUUGAUUUCAGGGUUUUGUACCACUAGGUUUAGAAUAACUAUAAAAGUCCUGAGCCCAUGUUCCCAUUGAAUACAGGGUAGGUGUAGAUAGUGAAUAGCUCUAAAUUUGUUCCUUACUGGAGGAGUUCCUGUUCAAAAUAAUACCAAAGGAUGUCCUGACAACACAACGAAAUGAAGAGAAGUUAGUUUUUUUCCUAAACCACACUACCAGCCUGAGAAAUCCAUCAGCCAUUUUUUAUGACUUCAGUCAGAUUGCCUUUUUUAUAUCAGUUGCCCAUUUGUUUUUAAAAUGGAAUUGUUAAAGAUACUCUGCUUGUCUGCUGCUGGAAGGUGUUCCAAAAUGCAAGACAAAGCCUUUUAGCAGAAGGACAGUCAUUAAGAAACUUUAAGAAACAAAUGUAAGCAUGUGAUACAUGUAUGAAAUUGGCCUGUGUUUCCUAUAGCUGUUCAAAGUAAAAUGUGUUCGUUUGAAUAGCUACAGUAGUAAAGCUUGGCUGUCUGACAGAUGUGUGGGAGUACUUCAGUUGACCUUCAGUGUACGUGGCUAUUUUAUCUCUUUUUUUUUCUUUCUUUUUUCCCACCUGGGUAGUUUGGUUAUCCUGGAUUUUGAAUAGGUACAUAGGAUAUUUAAUUGGGCUGUUUCUGCAUACCUUUGUUUUAUGUCUAAUUUUUUCUAGGGCUGUUAGUUCAUAAAGCCAGACCCUUGACAAAAGGGUGCUGAUGGCCGAAGGAUUGUGUGGCUGGGAUGAUCACAGUACUAGGCCGUGUGUACCUUGUGCAUUGAGUGCUGUGUAUAGUAGCAUAAUUAUGGGGUCUUGUGUUUCAUUGCAGAGCAGGUAUUAAUGGGAUGGGGAGUUGUAGAAAGUGAAUUAGCCAAAAUAUUCAUAGAUGUGUGUAUAAUUCAUGGCUCUGAAAAUUUGAGUUGGUUGAUAUUGGGUACUUUGAAAAACAGUUGAAUUUUAGUUUUAGCCAUUGUAGUAAAAUGUUUAGAAAACAACAUUUAUAAAAGUUUACUAAUGCUUUUAAUUUAACCAAGCCUGUGAGAGUAGUGGGGGAAAUCAUGCAUGAAAGAUGGGUUUGUUUGGCCUUUCUGUUUUUUUUUUCCACAGCUGAGGAAAAAUCUAGGUUUUUCUGGGACAACAGUCCCCAGAUAAAAUACACCUGCGGUGUAUGUACUUGGAAUAUGGUGGUAUGUGAUAUAAUUUAUUCUGGUUUUGUAAGUAUGCUUUAGUUUUAUAACUCAGUUUGCUAGGGAGAUCCUAGAGCGGAACAUCUUUUUUCCAUGUGUUUUGAUCAGCCCUUUGCAGGUAUGGCAUCAGCAGAAGAGCACUGCUUAUUUUGUGAGCUGUGUUUGGAACACAGAUGAAGAUUGUUCUGGUUCUAUCAAAGAUUCAAAUUUUCUUUCCCUCCCUUCAAGUCUGGAGUGAGAUAGGUAGAAAUGCCUGCCAUGUCCCAAAAGGAGAAAAAUCUGUAUUCAGGACUCUACAGGCUCUUUAGAAACGAGGAAUGUUCAAAUAUGUGAAGAGAGCUGUUAGCCUUUGUCUUCAUCAUUUCAGUGUUCUCAUUUCUUCUCUUACCCCUGAUUGUUGUGCGUCAGAAACUGUGGUUGAAGUACCUGAUGUGCGGACAACUUUUCUGUCUUUUUUGUGGCAGUAAAGUCAACCACUGCUGUUAAACAUUUCAGUCAUACGUAUUUGUGUUGAUACUUGGAAUGCUAGCUUAGCUAGUUACAGGAAAAUGACCUUGGUGUUGCAUUGUUUAUAUUUGGUCCCAAAAAGCAUGCCUUUGUUUUCUGCAGCAUAUCUUCUGUUAGUUCUGUUUCUCCACAGAGAAACUUUAAUUUGUGGAGAUUUCUUUUGAGGGGAAGAACCAAACCGAAGACAAACAAAACCCCAAAACUUGAUCUGCUUAUUAUGAGCUUGAAGAAUUAAAAUAAGUAGAAUUUCCAUGCAUAUCCUUGUAUAUCUAACUGAUAUAUUUAAAGAUUGUAUAUGUUUAAGAAAAACUAAAUUAUGUUCAUAUAAUACUUAACUAUGCACUUGAAACUGUUCUGUUAAAUAACCUGUGAACUUCAGUUGUGUGGGCAACUACUUUAUGCAGUAGCUCAUACAGACUACCAUGUGCCCAGAAGGUUUGAACCCUUAAAACCAGUAGUUUUUGAGUUUUGGCUUCUCAAAGUUAGACACUUUGCCAAAAGUUACUCUAACUUUUCACUGUCUUAGCUCAAAAACAGCUGUUGCAAUCCCUGAACCAGAACAGAGAAUAAGUUUCUUACCUAAUGUGUGAGAAUCUUAAUUCCUGAUCUAGUAGCAGGGAUCACAAGUAAAAUGGACCCUUUAGCUUCAGUUGUGAAACUGCAUUUCUGAUAUUAACAAAAGCAGUAAACCAGGUGCAGUCAAAGGUGAUUGUCUGAAAAUAGUUAGGAGGAAAUUCUCUUUGAACAGCAGCUCACAGUUGCUAAUGUUUUCUGUGCUUGUCUGAAAAACUUGGUAUUAGCAGCUGUUUGUUGUAAAACUGGAGAAUGAGUAACAAAAGCACUUGGAACAGCAUAACUGUGAGGAACACUGUGUCUGUAUUUCUAAGCUUAUGAAAUCCUGGUGAAUUUAUACAAAACCAUCCACACUGCCUGUGGCAAUACGAGGACUUAGGUAACUUCUUUAUUUAAAGCUGCCACAAAAGUGCAGCUACUUGGCUUCUCAGACAAUUAACUAUUGUAUCAGUCUUGCUUCCUCUUGAAUUGCCACACCCACGUCCAGCAUCUCUUCCAUGCCACUGAAUAUUGAAAAUACAGCACUUAACUCCAUGGACUGCUCUGGACGGACAGCUGCUGUGGUGGUAGAAUGAUCACACUAUUGUUCCAUUCUUCUAAAUGACAAGUUUGUGUUUACUUGUCAGGUUGCUUUAGCCAUUAAAUAGAAAUUUAAGUUCUUCUUUUCUUUAGAUUCUGCCAAAAAACAAUAAUCUGUUCUGGAUUCAGCCAGUGAAAGACACUUUUCCUGUUCUUCAUGCAAGAGAAAGCCCUGAGACGCAGGAAUCCCUAUUGUUCUUCAGCUCUAAUCAGAGUUCCGAUGAAGCACCGAGUGCUCAGACGAGUGAAGAGAUCAUUCGCAGGGUACAUAACCUCUCUGAAGGAUUUUAUGAAUGAUCCCAGAAGAGAAGAACCUCUAAUUGGUUUAGAACAUGUGGUUGAAGUCAGAUUUGAAGGAAGAAGAGAACCACGUUACGAGUGCAGGCUGUGUGGGUGUAAUUCAGAGGUGGCACCCAUGAUAGAACAUCUUAGUGGAUAUAAACACAGAAGAGAAUACAUUUCUAAAGAAUUUCCAGAUAAAAUGAAGAGAAAACCAACAGAUGCAAAAGAAUGCAAGGUCUCGUUUUUCAGACGAAUAGCAGGAGAGCUAGAGAAGAGUGAAGGAUUAAAAAUGUAUAAGAUGGAAGGUUGCACAAGACCUGCUACCUCAUCCCCAUUGGAGAAGAAAUCAAGGUGGGAAGAUGAUUAUAAGCAUGAGAACGAUCCUGUUCGGAAACAGAAAGCUCUGGAGUUCUUGGAGACUUUUCACAUCACCUCAGACUCAGAAGCAACACUUGUUGUUCGCAUUACACAGGAACUCAUGGAGGCUUUGAAGGCCUUUUGUGAAAAGAAAGCAGCAGAUAAUUACAACAACAGUUUAGGCCCAGUGAUGUCAGUACCUCAAGAUGAAUUUCCAGAAAGGAAAAGCAUCCCAGAACACUAUGGGCCAGAUGUAGAAUACAAAGGAAGUUCUGACUGGAAUCAAGGUUUUUUGUCUCAGUAUGAAGAGUAUUCUGAAAAUGCUUCUUUUGCUCCUGCUCACUCAAACAGUUACCAAGCAGAUGAUGGAUCAUCCUCCUGUCAUCUGACAUCUGACAACUUUGCAAGUGUGUCUCUCCUCGGGGACUCUCCUGCUGUUGAGCCUGAUAUUCCUGCCGGUGGUGUCAGCCAAUGGCUGAGACAGCUCAGAAACUCCGUGCCCUGCACAGAUUGGGCUCCUGGGGCCUCUUCAUACCAGAUCAGCCCAGUGAAGGAGUACUCAGCAGAAUACAUACCCAGUGAUGUGCAAGGAAAUGAGCUCUGUGGUAACAGGCUCUCAUUUGGCGGAGAAAAUACAAAAUGGAGGAAUCAACAAGCGUGUACCAAAGCAAGGCAUAGAAGUGACCAAGAAUUAUCCUAUCCCAAUUCUUCUGCCUCAUAUCCUUCAUCUGGAAGAUACUUUACAAACUAUGCUUCACAAAACUAUUCCUCUUACAAGAACUAUGAGUCUGUGAAUACUUGUACAUCUUCUGCAAUUUCUGCUGUUUCAGGAAGAGGUGGCUCCAGGUGGCACCAGGACACUAGGUGGAACGAGGACUGUAGGUGGAAUGAGGACUAUAGGUGGAACAAGGAUUCUAGCUGGAAGCAGGAAUCUAGGUGUCAAGAAUUCAGGUAUCAGAAAUCAGGCUACCAGAGAGACUGGAGUUCACAUCAGGACGCAUUUUCUGGCAGUGGUUCUUACCAAGAUCACCAGCAGUUCAGAAGCUCAGAAGAGAUGUUUAAUGGAGCUGAUGCUGGUCUUGCUCCCAGCACUGUGAACAAACUCCUAGGAAAGGAUGUAUCUACAAUGACCAGGACGCUCAAACAGCUGGCUCCAUAUUAUCCAGCACUUCAAAAAAUAAAUAUUCAGACAUUCGUCAAUGUGCUAAUAGAAGCUAGAGAGAAAGAUUAAGGAGCAACAGCUGAACUGGAAACAGAUGAAGAGAUUUGAGAAUCUCCAUCCUUUGGCUUUCAGGAAAGAGACUGAAUUUAACUGUGUUUGACUGGCUUGGGAGAGGUAAAGGGAGGUAGGGUUUAAAUUUUUAACAUGUGAAAUAUAGCUGGAACAUGAACUUGCACAUAAUGGGUGAACAUACUAUUUUGUUUAGGCUUUUUGUAAUGUAUUUGUUAUAUCUUAGUAUAUUUCAGAAAAAAAGAUCUUUUGUUAUUUUUUGAAAAUACGUUAAAAUUACUCUGUCAUCAAAAAGCUACUAAUCCUUUUAAUACCCUUCUCAAUUCAGAAGAGAAAGAAAGGUUUACUUUUAUGCUACCUACUUAGGAAGAAUAUUAAUUGAAAAUACAGGUUUACUUUUCUUCACACAAAUGUAAGGCCAGUUCCAUUAAUUUGAGGCUUUAUAAUUUGCAUAUUUUUAGAAAUUGUUACACUACAUUUCUGUUUAGACAAAGAAAGGAGAAUGUCACAGCACAGGUAUUCUCUAUCUUAAUGUGAUGCUAUAUGAGGAAAAUGUAAUCUGUACUAGAGGACUGGUAUGUAAUGGGGCAUAGCAGUUUCAAUUUGCAGAGUAAGAAAUGGUGUGAGAAAUACGCAAAUUGUUUUAUCAUGCUGUUCAAAAUGAAAUAAUUUUAAAUGAUCCUAAAAACUCAUUUGGUGGACGGACCCAUGCUAAAUAAAAAUUCUUGAUUUUUUCUACUGGCAAAAACAUAUUAAGAAAUAGUAGAACCCAUAAGGCAAUCAGAUAAAAUAACAUGAAAAAGUAAACAAAAUGUUGUACUAACUGAGUAGUACUUACCAGUUCAUGAGGUGUAUCAGAGCCACAUGCUCAUGAAUGCCUGGGUUUAGAUAUCUGCUCUAUGUAAUUAAAACCAGCUUACAUGGAGCUGAAGAAAAGAAGUAAAGUGAGACAGUUUACUCAUGAGUGUCUGUUUUCCUUUUCACUGCUGCAUUCUGGACUAUCAUUUUUCUUCUCACCCAUGCUGGAACUGUGUCUCUGUGCACUAAAUACUUGUGCUGAAGCAGGGUUAGUCUUCAUGAGCUGUCAUAAAACAUUUUGGAUCUUGUUAUGUAAAUUUUAAUAAAAACUCAACUCAGAAUAA